UUUUACUCUUUCUCUUAAUAAUAAUUUUAAAAAAUUGUCAAACGAAAAAAGUGUUUGUUAUUUAUAUAAAAUAAUGCUCAUAUCAUAUAAGUGUUAAAAAAAAAUUACAUAAAAUUAAUAAAAAUUGUUAUCUAAAAUUUAUUUUAAAAAUGAUUUCUAAUGUGAUAGGAUUGUGUCGAAUUUGUAAUCAAAACCACUAUCUUUCCAUACAUGGAACAGAACUCAAAGAAGAAAACUUAAAACUCACAGUAUAUAACACAACAUGCAAUUCAUGUGUGGAAAAAAUUGAUUUUUUUUCAGUUAAAAAAUUAAUUUCUACGAAGAAUAAUUUAUUAAUGCUCAAUGGAAAAAGAAAAAUGAUUUUAGUUGACGCGUCUACAAAUACGGAAAAUAAUUUAUAUAAUAAAAUUCAAAAAAAUACAUUUACAAAUGUACUGGAGACUGGUACUAAAAAAAGUCGUUCUGAUACAAACACUCAUGGUGAAGGGAAAACCCAACGUUGUUUGUUCUGUGAAUUUUGUAGUAAGGAAUUUACACACACUGGAGAUUUAAAUAAACACAGAAGAAAACAUACUGGCGAGAGACCUUAUGAUUGUUCAAUUUGCAAUCGAAAAUUUUCCCACACAUCUAAUUUAGCGAGACACCAACGACUACAUUCUGGGGAGAAACCUUUUGUUUGUCCACUAAAAUGUGGCAGAAAUUUUAGUAGAAAAGAUAAACUUUCUGAUCAUAUUUCAAAAUAUCAUUCAAAUAUAAAUAAAUAAUUAUAUCUAAACAAUAAAAAUAAUUUAAAAAAUAACAAA